GUACUAAAAUAAAAUAGUAUUUGGGUUUGAACUUUGUUACUUACAGUUCCAUUGAUGAAUUAAUGUUCCACUACACAUUAAUCGCAAUUUUUCCUUAAUAAUAUCCUUUAUUUAACUAAAAUUAACUUAAAGUUUGAUAAUCACUUCUUCAAGUACCUUCAUUUGAACUAUUAAUUUUUCACUUGCACCUUAUUAUGGAGGAUCUUAAAAAGUCUUUAAGGGAUGUAUCCGAAAUGGUGUCUACCAGAAUGGAGGAGUUCCAGCAGCGCCUUAUUGCAGCUCAGAAUAGGUCCCCAUCGCUGGAACAAACUCCACUUGCUAGGGAGUUUGAAGCAUUUAAAAGUUCUGUUCUAUUCUGCCUAGAGAAUCUCCAGUCUCAGAUGGCGAUUCUAUUUAGAGUGCAGGAUGAGCAAGAGAUGCGUAGUAGGCGAAAGUGUCUGUUGCUGCAUGGAGUAAAUGAAGCGAAGGAUGAAAGCCCGGCCUCCAUUGCAAAUAUGAUAUCCAUCCUUUUAAAGUGUCCAAAUGUCACGGAGCAGUGCCUUACCCGUUGCCAUCGAGUAGGAUUAAGAUCCAAUGAAAAGCCUAGGCCUAUAUUAUUAAAGUUUCGUGAACAUGCCGAUAAGUUAAGGAUCUGGGCUGCCAAGACUAGCCUUAAAGGCACUGGUAUAACCUUGUCUGAGUUCCUAACAAAAACAAGGCACUCACUAUUUAUGGAGGCGAGAAAGCGGUUUGGUGUCUCAAAAUGUUGGACCCAGGAUGGACGUGUACAAGUGAUUGGGGCUGAUGGGAAACUUCGCCGCAUCUCUUCGUUGAAGGAACUUGGUUCAGUCCCGGGCAGCAUCCCGUCAUCGUCCGCAGCUGAUGAUGCAAAGCGAACAAGAGACAUGACCCGUAAUAAGAAGGUUCCAAGGAAGGGUCAUUAACUUCAGUCGGUGUUCCAUGGUUCCGGGGUUAUAAUCAACUUUGUUGUCAACUGGUUUGAUGUCAUUAAUUUUAAGUG